AUUGAGAGUUGAAAGAAAUGUUAUUUUACAAACUUCAAAUAAAUAAUAUAUAUUUGUACAAGAGACUCCACAAAUUGUCUUGUGAAAAGUUAUAUCAUGCAUAAAUUAAUAAGUUUCUACUUUUUGCUUGCCAAUGGCCUGCUUUCUGUACUUCUCUCUCAGAAAUUCGGGGCAAAUGUAUGCAUAGGGAAACCGACGGAGCACUAUGUCAAAUAUAAAAGAUAUUAUAUUACGUUACUUUCCUUACGUCGACCACAGAAUGCUCGGCUUGCGUCAAAACUUGAUCCUAAUUCAGAGAUUGAUUCUACCCUAACGUCACCGUGUAUACUCGUUACAAUUAAAAGCUACAUGAUUGAUAUCUUCUGUUUCACACCGCCUGUACACACACACGGUCGGUAGAUUAAAAGUGGCAACACUUUUUUUCGGUAAAUGUCACAACGCAUAUUUCGUACGUCCGAUACGAAGAUGUAUCUUCUAAGAACUGUUGACAAACAAAUUUUUCAAUUGGACACCGGAUGCGUGGCGAGUCUGGACGAGGAAAAAGAAAGUUGCAAGUUUUAAUCUGGCUAUGUAUACGUAUAAACAGUCGAUCAAGAAGAUUGCGACAUUCAUUUUACCAAGUUUCGGAACGCAUCUCGUGCCCGACGAAGAAUUUAUUUCCCGUUAAUUCUAACGCGCUGCGAAACUCACCGAAAGGGGAAAGCGUUGUGUUCAUUUUCGAUAACCGGCUGGAUUUGUUUUCCGUGCGUUUUGAGACGGCGACGAUCAGAGUGCGCGGACGCGACUCAGUGCGCGCGCGCACGAGCGUUUUCAAUUUUCGCGCGAAAGGCGCGGAAGAUGGCGGCGGCGAGUGGAGCGCCGGUGGUGCGCGGUUUAUCGAUAAAUCACAGCGGGCGCGAUCCCACGCGGCGCACUGCGCAUGCGCGCCACGCUCACGUGAUUGUCCACCAUCAUCCGGUCGGCCCCCCCCCACGCGCGCCAUUUACGGUAUCAAAUUCCCGGAAUUCCUCGCCCGCGCCGCGUCACUACGUCGUCGCCCGGGCUACUCGUCGUCCGUCCGUCGGCUCAGUAGCGGGCGAGAAAGCGGAUUGGGGGAGGACGAGAGAGGCGGACCAGCCAGCCAGCCGUGAGAGAGAGAGACACAGGGCCGAUAUUAUUGAUGCGAGGAGCGCUGGUGCGAUUACUGCAUGUUUAGUCGGCGGCGAGGAGAGCGCGCGUCAGCGAUCCCCACGAAGGCCGUUGUUGGUACCGACGACGACGGUGACGGUGAGAAGAGGCGCAAGGAAGCGUCAUCGGAUCGGAGAAGGGGUGGAGGAGCGGCGACGGUGAUCGUGUCGCCGUGUUGCGUCGUACAUCUCGCGGACGUAGGCCGCCUCGAUCGGUGCCGUGCGGCGACAGCAGACAACAGCAGCGGUAACAGCAGCGGGCCGACAUCAGCAACAGCAGGCCGGACAUAGAUCCAGAUAAUCCGCAGCACGAGCAAUACGUGACCAAUUUUGUCGAGUCUAUGAUACACGAAUUGGAGACAAAAGCGGCGACUUUCACCUCGGACGACUUCUUCAUAACGAGGAUAAAGUUGACGGAAGCUGCCAAGUCGUUUCGCCACAAAUACCUGCAGAAUCCAGCGGCCUUGUUCAAAAUCAUCAAGCAUUGCUUGGCGUUAGAGAUGAAAUACGUGCAGCAGGUCGAGGGAAGUCUAGGCACACCUUUACCGAAUAUACCCAGCAACCGAUUGAUCAUGCCUGUGGACAUAAUUCAGCAGCUCACCGCGCUGCGCCAGAAGGCGGUCGAUUGCGCGGACGACAUACGGAAGAUGGAGCACGAGCAGGAGAGCUUCGCCCUGAGUUAUCAUGAGUGCACCAAGCUGAACGCGCAAAUGCAGCAUCUCGUCACGCAGCCGCAGAAUCAGCAGAAUUUCGACGUCGAUAAGAAGAUCAGGAGACAAAGAGAGCAGCAGGAGCAGAUCCUGAAUCACAAGUUGGCUGGCUUGAUGCAAACGCGUCUGCUGCUGGCCGACAAACUGAAGGAGAUCAUCAGCAAACUGGGCAGCCUGCAGUCGAGAAUCCUCGACGACGAACUUAUCAGAUGGAAAAGGGAUCAGCAACUGUCGGGAAACGGCAUACAAUUCGUCAAUAAUUUGGACUCCAUUCAAGAGUGGUGCGAGGGCCUCGCCGAGAUAAUCUGGCUGACGCGACAGCAGAUUAAAGAGGCGGAGCUUAUGAAGCAAAAAUUGAUGUUCAACACGACGGCGAUGCAGGACCCGUUCCCGGCGCUGAAUUCGCAAAUCACGCAGUUGCUCAGUUCCCUGGUCACGAGUACCUUUAUCAUAGAGAAACAGCCUCCGCAAGUGAUGAAGACCAAUACUCGUUUCACGAGCACGGUCCGCCUCCUGGUCGGCGGCAAGCUGAACGUGCACAUGUCACCGCCGCAAGUCCGAGUAUACAUAGUGAGCGAGACGCAAGCGAACGCUUUGUUGAAGAGCGACAAGAUGAAGAAUGACAACAGCGGCGAGAUUUUGAACAACACCGGCACGAUGGAAUACCACCAGACAACCAGACAACUCUCGGUGAGCUUCCGCAACAUGCAGCUGAAAAAGAUCAAACGGGCGGAGAAGAAGGGCACGGAGUCCGUGAUGGACGAGAAGUUCUCACUGUUGUUCCAGUCGCAGUUCAGCGUAGGCGGCGGUGAACUGGUAUUCCAAGUGUGGACUUUGAGUCUGCCCGUAGUCGUGAUCGUUCACGGUAACCAAGAACCCCACGCUUGGGCUACCGUCACUUGGGACAACGCGUUCGCCGAGCCUGGCCGAGUGCCAUUCGCCGUGCCGGACAAGGUACCGUGGCCGCAGGUAGCCGAGGCUCUGAACGUGAAAUUUCACUCGGCGACCGGCCGUUCGUUGACGGAGGAGAAUCAGCGAUUCCUCGCGGAGAAAGCCUUCCGCGGCAGCAACUCGAACGGACAGGACUACUCCAACAUGCUAUUAUCCUGGGCGCAAUUCUGCAAGGAGCCGUUGCCCGAGAGGAACUUCACCUUUUGGGAGUGGUUCUACGCAGUGAUGAAGCUGACCAGGGAGCACCUACGCGGCCCAUGGUCGGACGGUGUCAUCCUUGGUUUCGUCAGAAAGAAGCAGGCAGAGGAGAUGUUGGCGAACUGCACGCCCGGGACGUUUCUCAUGCGAUUCUCCGACUCGGAGCUCGGCGGUAUCACUAUCGCAUGGGUCGCAGAUCAAACCGAAGUCUUCAUGCUGCAACCUUUCACGAGCAAGGACUUCGCCAUACGAUGUCUGGCGGACCGCGUGAACGACUUGCAAUACCUGCUGUACCUCUUUCCGGAUUUCACCAAAGAUCAGGCUUUCUCCAAGUACUACACACCGUUUAACGACAACCAAGCCACGUCGACAAAUGGCUACGUCAAGCCGCUCUUGGUGACGCACGUGCCAGGUUGGAGCGCUCCCGGUCUCGGCAAUCAGACACCGUCCCAUUCCUCCGUGGUGGGAGUCGGCGGUAACGGUCAAGGUGGCCCAGGCGGAAGCUACCCGGCCACGCCGGCGUCGACUGUGUUUCAACCGCACAGUCCCGAUCCGUCUGUUACGCGAGACACACCGUCUACAGCCUCCAGCUACGCUCCUGGUCUCGGCCAGUCGGGUGUCGGACGGCCAAGCUCGGACAUGGACUAUGUGGAGCUGAUGGGCCAGAACGAGCUGACAUCAAUUGAUGAAAAUCUCAACUUGGACCACUUAAACAACUUCAGCUUCUCCGAGUUCAUGCAGUCGUAUAACAAACCACAAUAAUAGGUACGUUCAAGUGUACGUUGUCGUUGCCGUCGUCGUCGUAAGCCAAUCGAUGAUCAUCGGCGACCUCCGACCCUUUUUCGAUCUCUGACGGUUCAUCCGGUGCACAUGCUGAAAAUAAGGACGCUACCGGACGCGAUCCGUUGAUUGUUAUGUUUAACGGGGGAGGGACACACGCGCCGUCGGCCGUUCCCGGCGACACGGCGCGCACGAUUACUUACCUAAGAGAGGCGUUUCAAAUGUGUCUGUUAAGAUUUGUAUGCGAGCCUUACAUGAGAGGGAGAGAGAAAGAGAGAGGGAGAGAGCGCAUUGUAUUUUUGAGAUCGCCUGUGAAACGCAUCUCCGUGCGCGAAUGACGGAGACGGUCGUCGUCGUCCAACUCAAUGCAAGAAUGUGCAAUUCGUUUGGAGGCGUCAUUGUGUUAUACGUUUGUGUCAGUCGCGUGUCUAUUAGCCACCGUCGCGAAAAUUCCGACGAGUCUGUUUACUGGCGACUUCGUCGGGGUCAACGUGUGUCUGUGUGUGUGUAUGUGUGUGUGGUGGAGCGUCUCUCAGCGUUCAGAGCGCAGCGUUCUUCCGACCGAUCUGGCGUCGUUGCAAUCUGGGAUUUUGGCGACGAUCCUGCGCUUUUCUGACUGCUCUUUCCUGAGGAAGGAAACGACGCAAAGAGAGACCUGGAGCGCCGUAAUGCUUAAUUCCACACAUCGCAGAUAUUAUAUCUUAUAAAAUAUGGUAUAUUGUAUGUUACACGAAGCAUGGUAUAUUGUAUCUUAUAAAAUAUGGUACGGGUAUUACGUUUUAUAGAGUAUGUAAAAAAGGGACAAUGUGUCGGAGGUUUUUUCUCCCUCUCGUCGAGUUCUCGAGCAGCGAGGGAAACUGAAUCGAGCUAAGUCUCUGUAACGUUGGAAAUAUUUGUAUCGGAAGGAACGAAAUAAUAAUGUGAACAGAGAUGAAGAUAUAUGUGAUGAGAUGAGAUACGAGGAGAAAUAAUGUAGUAUAGAAAAAGGAAAAAAAAGUUACUUGGGCUGUCUGAGUGUUACGAGUCAAACGAGACACUUAUCGAUGAUGUUGACUCACACGGCGGUGUGAUUAAAGAUGAAUUUGGUUGAUUUGAAUUUUGUAUAAUUAUUGAGAAUUGUGGAAAAUCUUCUAAAUCUUGUUACGUAGCUUUAAAGUGAGGAAGACACGGUGACGCCAAACCUGUCUAAAUUUCUCCGUGUUUCGCAAACUGUUUGUACUAUUUUGUUUAUUUAACGAGCGACCAAAAGUCGCCCCCCCCCCUCUAAUUUUUUAAUGAUUAUUACUGCAACUCACGAGUUUGUUGAAGUUAAUCGGACUUGAUAGAUUCUUCGUUUUUGUUUCGAGUUCCCGUUUGAUAUCAGUUUUAGUAAACUGAAACUGACGUUACAGACCCGUGUAAUGUCGGCUUUAGUCCAGAUUCUUUGUAAGAUAUGAUGAACACUUAGUACAAAGGCUCAUAGCUCGUAGCUCAUCAUUUAUGAUAUACGAAACGCUUAAAAAACAUAUGUAUAAUGAUAAUAGAUUUGUAUAUUGCAUGUUUAAAAGUAACACUACGACUAAUAACGACAUUUAUGUAGAAUUAUAUUAUGAACAUAGUAUAAUGUUAUUUUUGUUAAUCAGUUUAGGUCGUUUUAGAGAGAAUUUUAACGAAUCUACUAUAAAUCAUGUUGUUUCUUUUUUUUUUCUUUCUCCUUUUUUUUCCACGUACGUCAACCAGCAGAGUAGCUUUAACGCGCAGUGUAAUUAGAUUAUCAAUAUUUUCUCAACUAUACUUGUUGGUAGAUAUUAAAGUAAUUACAGUGACAGAUCGCUGACGCCGCGAUACAUAUCGUUCUUUUCUUCUCUCUGAAUGAUCGUUAAAUAAUAUAAGAAUCAAUUGUGCAGUUAGAAAAUUCUUACGAUUUAUCUGCACCGUGUUAAGGCUAUUUUGCCGAUUAGCGUGCGCACUAUAUACGUACGAUUUUAUAAUUACACGUCAGUUUUCUCACAUCUUUAGAGAUAGUAGACAAAAAGUGACGGGAGGUGCUGUUAGUUGUAUGAAUUUUCGAGAGAGAUAUAUACGUUUAAGAAUUAACAUACAACGAUGUGUAAGGUAGAGAUUUUAUCGGAGGAGAGAUUAUGAGAGUACAAUGCGACGUAGAAAAUGGACAAUCAUCUUCAUACGUGCGACCGUACCGUGCCGCCUAGUCAAAUUGCCAUUGAGUGUUUCUUUUUUUUUUUCCUCUUCAGAUAUCGAGAAGGAAUGUAAGUGUAAAAAGGAGGAGGAAGUCUGUUAAAAUAUCAUUUGUUCGACUUGAGUUAUACUAAAGAUAAGGGAAUCAAAGAGGAUGAAGUGUGCACGAGUUACACACACACAUGUGCAUCGUGUGUAGCCGCAUACCGAUUGUGACGAUCUAAAAGUACGUGCCUUACAAUUCUUAGACUUUGGUCUUAAAUUCUUCGAGGAUUUCUGGGAAUAUUUCGACGAUGAGAUUAGGUAUAUACGUUUUAACUACUACUACUACUACUACUCUCUCUCUCUCUUUCUCUUUUCUUCUUUCCUUCCUUUUUUCUUUUCUUUUUAAUUUUAAUCUUUGUCUCGUGAUAACUUAGCUGGUAUAUUUCGAGAGUGUAUAUGUAUGCAUGAGUACAUAUGUAUAGCUUUACUAAGAGGUGAUUCAUUUAUGUAUAAAGGUUUACUUAUAAUCGUAUAGGUUACGUAUUAUCACCUUAGUGAUUGUUUCUUCUUUUUUUUUUAUUAUUUUUAACGGAGCAAGAGAAAGGAAACGCGCGCAAAAAAAAAAAAACAUUUGUUGUGGGCUUGGUUAACGCGUGCGCACGACACGUACACACAUACAUUGUAAAGUUUAGUUAUAUACUUAUUACGGUGCUCCAUUCCCUCCCCUGUCUCUGUGUCUUAUGUAUGUAUUAUUAAGAGGAGAAAAAGAAAAAUCUAUCGAUUGUAUACAUAUGUAAAACACCGUUAAAUGUACACUGGAUUUCGUCGCGAGUAGGAGUGCACAUAGCGUUGUCUCUCCUCUUAUAUAUUUAUAUCAUUGUAAGGUAACAUGUAAAACGAGACGCCAAGUCACACGUCUUGGCGAGAUACGAGCUAGUAUUAGCUAUUGAUCUUUUUAUCAAAGAUUAGAGUUUAUUUUAUUACCAAGGAUGAUUUUACGGCCCGUAAGAUAUGCUCUUACUCUUAUCGGUCUAUUCUACCUGUAAUCGUUAAGUGUAGUAUAAUAAGUGUAACAUAACACGCAUGUUUACGCGCAAUAAAAUUGAUUCUAAAUCAA